AUGCUGCGCAGCCAGGGCAUGCUGAAGAGCCGCUGUUGCGUCCUGCUUGGUGACCUGAGGGUGCUCCUGCUCGGGCCACCGGCACCGCCGACACCGCUGCCUCCGCUGACCCCCAUGAGCGGCCAAGCUUCUGAAAGCCAUGAGACAGGCGUCACCGUCCCCGACAACAACAACACGUUAACGCGGGGCCACCAGCACGCCGGGGACCGAGCGGCCGCACCUGCCACGGGAGCCGCCGGGCCACCGGGCGGAGAGCGACCGGUGUCUGGCUGGGUGGAUUCUGCAGAGCUGUCGGCGGCCCUGCGCGGCUGCAGCAGCUCCUCCGAUGACUGCUCAAAGGGCAAACUGGAGGAGAGGUUCUCCCUCACCAGCUACACGGAAAGUGGCUUCAGGACGCCUGUGUGCAGGAUCUGCUUCCAGGGACCAGAACAUGGGGAGCUCCUGAGCCCGUGCCGGUGCAGCGGGUCGGUACGCUGCACCCACCAGCCCUGCCUCAUCAAAUGGAUCAGCGAGAGAGGCUCCUGGGCCUGUGAGCUCUGCUACUACAAAUAUCAGGUCAUUGCCAUCAGCACCAAGAACCCACUACAGUGGCAGGCCAUCUCCCUGACAGUGAUAGAGAAGGUGCAGAUAGCAGCAGCCAUCUUGGGCUCCCUGUUCCUGAUGGCUAGUAUCUCCUGGCUGGUGUGGUCGUCUUUUAGCCCGUCUGCCCGCUGGCAACGUCAAGAUCUGCUUUUCCAGAUCUGCUACGGCAUGUACGGCUUCAUGGACGUCGUCUGCAUCGCUUUAAUUGUCCACGAGGGACCUUCUGUGUUUCGCAUCUUCCACCGCUGGCAGGCCGUUAACCAGCAGUGGAAGGUCCUGAACUAUGAUAAGUCUAUGGACAGCGAUGACCUGAAGGACUCCACUGUAGACAGGACUCUGUCUCAGCCCAGCCCGGGCUACCAGACUGGGAUAGGAGUGUCCACCUCCACCUCCUCGCUGAUGGUGGUGGCCUCUACAGCCGCCGGCUCCACUUCUACAACCGUGGUGACGGCCGCGGGAGGACUGGGAACACACGUGGACCCCAACAGCGGCAGCGCAGUGCCAGACCAACACUGUCCCUACAACAUCCUCCACCUGCUCAGCCACCUGAGGCAGCCGGAGGCCCGCAGCCAACCCAGCAAUAGCACAAGAGAGCUGGUCAUGAGAGUUACAACAGUCUGA